AAGCGGGGGGCCUAACCGCCGACCCAAUUCUUCCGUCCGCUUCCCCGGGUCCAGCUGGGUUCUUACGAUUACAAUUUAGCAACUCUGCUUGAUUCAACCCAUCCACUACGACAACCGAACCCCCGUCCGAGCGCCCCCGUCGUGAAGGUUCGCCAUGUCUCCCGCGAACUUUAGCGUCACGGACCAUAUCAUUCCCGCCUGCUAUGUCCGAGAGUAUGCUGGCAGUACAGUGGACCAGGAGGAUCAGCUCCAUCUCCAUGUUAAGCAGUAUACUCCACGGGAUCUACCAGACCCUGUUCCAGCGGGUGCAGUCACCAUCAUAGCCACUCAUGCCGUGGGGUUUCCCAAGGAACUCUACGAGCCACUAUGGGACGAGCUCCUCACGCGAUCCAAACAAUCCAACUUCCACAUCCGCGGAAUCUGGAUCGCCGACGUCGCAAACAUGGGAAUGAGCAGUGUCCUUAACGAAGACAAGCUCAGCAUGGACUCAUCGUGGAUGGACCAUCCCCGUGACCUCCUCUUAAUGAUCAACCAUUUCCGCGACCAGAUGCCCCGACCUCUAGUCGGUAUCGGCCACAGCUUCGGCGGCACCAUUCUAACAAACCUAGCCCUCAUGCACCCCCGUCUCCUAACAUCCCUCAUCCUCAUGGACCCCGUCAUCCAACUCACCGCACCCCCCAUGGGCUUCAACUCCGACCCCACCGGUCCCGUCAACUGGUGUCUCUACCGGGAAGACAUCUGGCCCAACCGCGCAUCCGCCGACGCCGCCCACAGGAAAGCCUCCAAGCGGUGGGACCCGCGAUGUCUCGAUCUCAUGGCGGAGUUCGGGUUCCGGGAUCUGCCUACUGCCUUACAUCCUGACCUUCCUGAUACGGCGAACCCUUCUGACCCACCCGUCACUCUGACUACGACGAAGUAUCAUGAGGUAUUAGGCCAGCUGCGCGAGAACUUCAACGCCCGUACCCCGGACGGAAGGAUCCAGAUUGACCGGUCCACGCAUGCCGACGCGGAUCCAUUGCUCGCGUCUCUUCCGGUGUAUAAGCCCGAGCCGUCGAGCACGUGGCAUAAACUACCAUUUCUGCGCCCGUCGACGCUAUUCCUGCUCGGAGAGUAUACCUACCUCCGUCUGGAUCAACUCCGCGAAGGAGCCAAACGCUGUGGUCAGGGCGUGGGGGGGAGUGGAGGGAACGACAAGGUGAAGGAGAUUACGAUUCCGAAGCGGGGACAUUUCUUUCCGUUUGAGAGUGUGGUAGAGACGGCGGGGUAUUGUGCUGGUUGGUUGGAUGAGGUGGUGGGUCAGUAUGGAGAGGCUGAGCGGGUGUGGAGUGAGAAGAGGAAGCAGAUGACGAAACGUGAUCAUUUGGUUUUGAGUGAUGAGUGGCGGAGGGUGCUGAAGCCACCUGCGAGGCCGGUUAGGAAGAAUAAGCUAUGAGCCAUGUUUGGAUGGGACUGACUCGUGCAGAAGGAGAAGUGUGAAAGGAGAGUUGAUUCCGUAGAAUCUUUCGGUUAAUGAUAUGUUGAUGCUAGUAGCGCGACGAAUGAGUCCAACCAUACUAUACACGACCUGUAUGAUUGUGCCAUCGCAGGAG